CUGCCUGCUGUCUGCUAGAGCCCCGCCCCUCGGCGCUUUCCGCUUUACCUUUCUGUUUGCCUCUGGGACCACCCCCUGUGCUCCAAGGCCCCUCCCACACCCGGCCUCACCGUGUCUCUGUGUGCGGGUCUGUAUGCGCGUUCCGCCGGAGCGAGCGGGAAAUUCCCGUUGAUUACCGAGAGACAUACUCUUCCAAAUCGCGGCCUGUACCGGCUGUGUGAGCCCCGGCUGCCCGUGCACACUGGGCUGGUGUUUGGCUAUUGCCCGCUCAGGCCGGCCAGUUUGCCAGUGAGUCGGUGUGUGCAGAGUCCAUGGCGUACAGUCAGGGGGGCGGCAAGAAGAAGGUCUGCUACUACUAUGAUGGUAAGAAGGAGGCACGGCACCGGGGGCGUGUACCGGCCGCUUCCAGCCAGGGCCGCACUCCCUGCAUUUCAUGGGUUACAGUCCGCCAGGGGACACUGUGCUAGUGGGGGGACAUCCAACUGAGAUAUGGGGGGGGGGGUCUAGCUUGGGGCUCAAUUCUGGGGGUUAGUCGGGGAGGGGGUUAGUCUGGCUCAAGACUCUGGGGAGGGUUGUCUAGCCUCAGGGGAGUCUGGGGUUCAGUCUAGUUUGGGGCCUCUAAGAGGGGUUCAGUCUAGUUUGGGGCUCCCAAAGGGGAUCAGUCUAGUUUGGGGCUCAAGGGGAGUCAGCCUAGUUUGGGGCACUAAGGGGGUCAGCCUAGUUUGGGGCCCUAAGAGGGGAUUCAGUCUAGUUUGGGGCCCCAAGGGGGGAUCUUUGGGCUGGGGGAUCAGGUUUGGGGGGGGGGAUAAGUUUGGGGCUCCUUGGGGGGCCCUGGGGGGAUCAGUCUAGUUUGGGGCUCUCAGUCUAAUCAGUCUAGUUUGGGGGCUCUAAGGGGGGAUCAGUCUAGUUUGGGGCUCUAAGAGGGGGUUCAGUCUAGUUUGGGGCUCAAGAGGGGGGUUCAGUCUAGUUUGGGGCUCUAAGAGGGGUUCAGUCUAGUUUGGGGCUCUAAGAGGGGUUCAGUCUAGUUUGGGCUCUAAGGGGGGUUCAGUCUAUAGGGUCUAGUUUGGGGCCCCAAAGGGGGAUCAGUCCAGUUUGGGGCUCUAAGGGGAGCCUAGUUUGGGGCACCACUAUUUGGGGGCUCUAAGGGGGGGUCACUCUAGUUUGGGAACCUAAGGGGGGUCAGUCUAGUUUUGGCUCUAUGGGGGUCGGUCUAGGUUGGGGCUCUAAGGGGGGUUGGUCUAGGGGCCCUGGGAGGGAUCAGUCUGGCUUGGGGCUCUAUGAUUUUAGGGUGUAAAGUCUAGUUGGUGGCUCUAUGAUUUUGGGGUGUGGAGUGGCAAGUCUAGCCUGGGGCACUACUGAAUAGAGCUUUGGGGGUGGGGGGUCUGAGUGUCGGGUAAAUACCUACAGUGGCUACCAACAGGCAGUUCAUCGGCUGUGGCACAACAGCUGUAAAUCGGUUACAAUAUCAUGUUGUAGUUCUGUGUCUGCUGGAGAUCUGCUUCCUGGUCACCUCUACUUGAACUAUUUUAAGUCAAAGAUGCUUUGAAGCAGGUAACUGUAACUCCUACUUCCAAGAAACAAUAAGACACCAAAAUGCAUACAAUCGAUUAAAGACCUUUAAGUCGUAUUAAACUGUGUAUUUCAUUAUAUGCAUUUUCAUAGGGGCUUAAUUGAGUACAGCCCCUUAUAAACUGCAUCUUUGGGACAUGUGAUGACCAUUAUCAUGGUGAUUGUCUGUAGAUUACAAGGAUGUUUGACCUCUUCAAAAUAGAAUUGAUUUCUCCUUUCAAAUAAAAUAUUGGGCUUCUUUAAAGGACCACUAUAGUGCCAGGAAAACAUACUCGUUUUCCUGGCACUAUAGUGCCCUGAGGGUGCCCCCACCCUCAGGGACCCCCUCCCGCCCGGCUCUGGAAGGGGAAAGGGGUUAAACUUACCUUUUUCCAGUGCUGGAGCUCUCCUCCUUCUCUCCUCCUCCGAUCCGCCUCCUCCUGGCUGAAUGCGCGCGCAUUCAGCCGGUCAUAUAGGAAAGCAUUUAUAAUGCUUUCCUAUGGACGCUGGCGUGCUCUCACUGAAAAUCACAGUGAGAAGCACGCAAGCGCCUCUAGUGGCUGUCAAUGAGACAGCCACUAGAGGAUUAGGGGGAAGGCUUAACCCAUUGAUAAACAUAGCAGUUUCUCUGAAACUGCUAUGUUUAUUAAAAAAAAAUGGGUUAACCCUAGCUGGACCUGGCACCCAGACCACUUCAUUAAGCUGAAGUGGUCUGGGUGCCUAGAGUGGUCCUUUAAGAUAAUCAGAGAAGGAUGUUGGACAUCCCUUUCAUAAACUUCUUAUCCUAUGCACAGUGAGGUAGCAACCUACUUCGUUACCCCUUCUUAUACCCUUUGUGUCCGUAUACCCCACUCCCUCUGGCAUAUAAGCUAAUUGAGCAGGGCCCUCAACCCGUGUUCCUGUGCGCCCACUUGUCUGAUUGCAACGAUGUGUCUGUUAGUCCACCCAUUGUACAGCGCUACGGAAUUUACUGGUGCUAUAUAAAUAAUAACCGUUUGUAACAGUGAUCACCAGCACCGUAGAUUAAUAUGAGAACCCUUCUAAGCAGAAAAGUGACCUUUUGUAUGUAUCAAAACUUUUCUUUUCAAAUGAGAGCCUUUGCCCCUCUAGGUGGUGUGUAGGCAAGUAUAAUAGCUGUGGAAGAUGGGCUCCCCACACACAACUGACGGAGUGUCAGUACCUCUUGGGCACCUAAUUGGAGAAGCACUGCUGAUGACAGUCUCCUCAUCUGUGGUCCCUUUUUGAGUCUUUUGGUUUUAGUGCCUUUUAAAAAUGUUUAUAAGUUUUGUAAGCAAUUUUUUUUUUUUCUUGUAACACUUAGUUUUUAGUUUAAUUUCAUUAUACAUUAAAAAAAUAAAGCAAAGCUUAGAAAUUUUAAAUAUGAAAAAAUUCCACACAUUCUCAUUAUUUCCUUAAAUCAAACAGUGGUUGCACACUCUUAAAAUGUAAUCUAAUUAUUAUAAUUUAAUAAAUUGGAGUACAAACUUUAAAAUUAAUAAAGGAACGCAAACCUUUAUUCCGAACACUAUAGUGCGCUAUCUACAGAUUUGUUUUUAGGUCUCGACUUGUUUCAAGCGAAAAAGGGUUUGUUUUUCACUUGCCUUUACUCCAGCAAAGAAACUCUCUCUGCGCAGCCAGCUGCUCUACCUCCCCCAUCCAGAUUUCUUCCAUAUUUCUAGCCAAUGGCCAAUUCUUUGCUCCUCAUAGGGUAGCACUGGAGUACCAAGUAUGCCUUCACUUUUUUCAAUUUCUUUCUAUUAAAUUAGGGAAGUCUCACUGUUCAGCUGAAGACCACUUGGACUAUAAAGUCCAUACAAUGUAGAGUGUGUCAUCUCUAUGUAUAGCAUUAUAAAUCUUUCAUGGCUAAUAAAAGGUUUUCCUAGCUUGAUAUUUUUUUUUUUUUCCUAUUCAUUUACAUAACUCAUAAAGCUGAUUCAUGCCUAAGCCAUUUGACAGGAGAAAAAAAAAGUCUAAUUUGUUGUCACGGGUGUGUUGUAAAAAUGUUUGCCUACAUUUUGAGAAAACUACUGUGCUAAAACUAAAGUGUUUACCACCAUCACGUGCCAACUUGCUUGUUAAACAUGAAUUCCACACAGGCCCUUUAGAUGCAUGAUCUUUUGGGACAAAUGUUCAUUUGGAUGUAGUAGCUAAAGCUUAUUGGGAAAUGCAUAUUUGCUUAUACCCUCUGUUACAGUUGAGAUGCUGUUUUUGUAGAUGUAAAGACUACCUCCUCCUUUUUUUUCUACAUAAACAUUUUUUUUUCCACAGUAGUGGUUUGUGGUCUGUAUGUAUGUGAGAUAUAGCUUCCUUAUUGCUAUAUUGUGCUUUAUUUUUGUAUUUUAUUUGUGUGUGUGUGUGUGUGUGUGUGUGUGUGUGUGUGUAUAUGUAUGUGUGUGUGUGUGUGUAUGUAUAUAUGUGUGUAUAUAUAUAUAUAUAUAUAUAUAUAUAUAUAUAUAUAUAUAUAUAUAUAUAUAUAUAUAUAUAGUGUGUGUGUGUGUGUUCCAAUGCUUGCACUCCUGUUAUAAAGUAUAUGCCCGGUGCUUAUCAGCAAGUUAAUAUAGAAUACAGUAGUUUUAGCUCUAUAAGACGCACCUGACAAUAAGACGUACCUAAUGUUUAGGUACAAGGGGAAAAAAGUGUUCCUUAUCACCCACUCUUCUCCCCUGUCCCAUAGUGUUCCUGUUCCUGGCCAGACUGAAAGGAAGUGAGCACUCCAGGGACUUAGAAAUACGGUGAAAGUGUUUUAUUCAGGCAUCUGCCACGGUGAAUCAACGUUUCAGUUCUCAAAUGGAACUUUCAUCAGUAUACAGUGCAAUACAACAGACAGUGUUUAAAUAACAUGAAAACAUAAUGAAUACAUUGUAUACAGCCUGUACUCACAACCCCUGGACUGCUUCCAGCUGCAUCGUGAAAAUCGCGGGUAAAUUUGACCCGGUAUGGCUAAAACCGCUGGUGCACAGGAGUGUGCUGGAAUAGGAUGUUUCUGUUCAGUUAGUUGCCAUACCAGUUGGAACGGAAGGGGGCGUGUAUAUCAGGCAGAGCAAGCAGCCGAUCGUAGCUAUAAAGCUUAAUGUUAAAUUCUAAAUAGAAAUGAUCGGACUGAACGGGGAAGGUCUCUGUUUGGAAAGUAUUAAAGAGAAAUGGCCAGAGUCAGUGUAAGGCAGAAUAUUGCUUAAUAUGGAUGUUAGGCUUAUUCUGAGAGUCUCUAGGGAGAAGGUGCAACCUUCAGUAUUGUAGUCGGGCUACCACUAAUAGACCAAGACCAGGUAUAAUGAUAGAAAAUUAAUAACGAGAUUGAAGUAGGGAGGAACACGUGGUAAGGACUGUGGAUAAUAACCCCUGAUUGUGAUGCAGUAGAGGUAUUAAGUGCCGCUCUCUCUAUAUAUCAGUACCGAACAUACCUGGCAGGAUCCUAUAUGAUAUAUGUAUGGGGCUUGUGAUCAAGGCGUGGCAUAUAGCUAUUAUAUACACACCAGAUAGAACUAUGCUGCAUAUCAAGAUUGAUGCAUGUGACAAAUAUAGUACAUAUGGCAAACUAUAUGGACAUUAUUAUUAUGAUAUUUACAGAGUGCCGUCAAAUUCCGCAGCGCUUUACAAUGGGUGGACGAACAGACAUGUAGUUGUAACCAGACAAGUUGGACACACAGGAACAGAGGGGUUGAGGGCCCUGCUCAAUGAGCUUACAUGCUAGAGGGAGUGGGAUAAAAUGACACAAAAAGGUAAGGGUAGUAUUAGACUAGUGACAGUUGCAGAAGAGGAAUCAGUCAGGAGCUAUUAGCAGUUUAAUUGAUAUGCUUUUAUGAAGAAGUGGGUUUUUAACAAUUUUUUUGAAGGAGUGGUGAGCAUCUAACAGAGGAGGGAAGCGAGUUCCACAGGAACAGUGCAGCCCUCAAGAAAUCUUGAAGGCGAGCAUCAGAGGUGGGAGUACGGACAGAAGAUAGACGUAAGUCUUCAGCAGAUUGUAAGGGCCUAGAUGGGACAUACUUGUGUAUUAGGGAGGAUAGAUAGGUGGAAGUAGCAUUAUGUAGAGAUUUGAAAGCAAGAACCAGAAUUUUAAAUUGAGCUCUAUAUUUUAUAGGAAGCCAAUGUAGGGGACUGACAGAAGGGUGAGGCAUGGGAGUGCGGGCGGACAGGAAGAUGAGCCUCGCCACCGCAUUCAUUAUAGACUGUAAUGGCGCAAGUUGGGAGCACGUAAGACCACUGAAAAGCGGAUUACAGUAGUCAAGGCGAGAAAAGACAGUGGAAUGGACCAACACCUUAGUCGCAUCUGGCGCUAAGUAGGGGCGGAUGCACGCAAUGGUUUUUUAGAUGGAAAUGACAGGAUUUGGCGAUGGAUUGAACAUGAGGCUUGAAGGAGAGGUCGGAGUCAAAGAGAACACCUAGGCAGCGAGCCUACGUGGUGGAGCUGAUGGUAGCACCGUUGACUUGGAGGGAGACAGACACAGGAGUAACAACACUUGAGGGAGGAAAGGCCAGAAUAUUGCGGAGGAUGAGAAGAAGCUGUUGAUGAUCAACAGUGUCAAAAGCCGCAGACAGGUCAAGGAGAAUUAGGAUAGCGUAGUGACCACGAGAUUUUGCAGUGAGUAGAUCAUUGGAUACUUUGGUCAGUGCCGUUUCCACAGAGUGCUUAGCGCAGAAACCAUACUGAAGCGGGUCUAGCAGAGAGUUGGACAUGAGACCAACAUUGUACAUAGAGCAAAACAAUAGGAGACUGAUACGAGAACACUACUGUUUUGUAGAAAAAAAGAUAAAAAGGUUAGAGCUAAUAAUAAAUAUGCAGAUAAAAAUAAAUAAAAGGCAGCAGCCCUAUAGGGGGUCACCCUCUAACCCUCUACAAUAAGAGUAUACACAAAAACAAAGAACAAGUAACAGUUGGGCAAUAACCACAGUGUGUUAAAACCAUAUGCAUAAGUAAUACAUUUGUAUCAUUUUAGUCUUUAUAAGAAAUACCAAAUCAAAAAUAUCAUGUUUAAUCUGGUGAUUAAUAUGUAUAUCAAAUACAUGAUCCGGACAGAGGUAAAGGGAGUACCAAUGUAACUCCUGUCAUCACUAGUCCGAUCAAUGGCACAGCAUAAUGCAAGACAAAUGUAAAACAUUUAUAUACAAAAACAAUUAUGCACAAUGAGGUACACAGGUCAAACAGAAUGCACAUACAAUUGCCAGCGAGAUUAGCCCGCUCAAUCUGUUAUUGUAUGUAUCUAAAGAUCACAUAUCAAGCACAGGGUAUAUUUGAGGCUUAUUGAGCUGAUCAUAAGCAUAUAAAUAUGUAUCUCUGUGUGUGUGUGUGUAUAUAUGUGUGUAUGUAUAUAUAUAUAUAUAUAUAUAUAUAUAUAUAUAUAUAUAUUAUGUAUAUGUGUGUGUGUGUGUGUUAAUACAUUGCUAAACACAAAUACACACACCAGUCAAGCCAAAAGACUUGCUUUUCCCACAGAAAUCUCACUUUUACAGUGCUCUCACUCCUGCAAGGGAUUCUGGGUAGGCGUAUGCAGAUGAACUCUUUUUUUUCCCCCCACAACUCCUCUUUUGGUGUGUAUAUAUUAUAAAAUAAAACAUUGAUCAAAUGAAACAGUGUUCAUAGUAAGGACUCAAUUGAUUACUUUCAUAUAUUUUGUUUGAAUUUUAAAAGAAAAAACUUUUAUUUAUUCAUUGUGUCAAACAGUUCCUGUUACGGUAACUUAGAAUGUGGGGGGUCAUCUUUACAAAAUGUGUGCAUAUCAACACACUCAAAAAAAUUCAGAUGGCGUUGCUUCUUUGCUGAAACUAUAUAAUCUUAAUCAGUUUGUGUGUGUGUAGUUUUUAUAUAUUUGUUCAUUAAAAAAUAAAAUAAAUAAUAAACCUGCUGGAUAUCUACAGCUUCUAUAUUUGUGUGCCAAGUGAGAAUUUAGGUUUCUCUUUCUUUGUCCUUUUGUAGCUUUUGAGAGAUUGGUGAGAGGCCCUACAAGGGUUGAUUUUAAUAUGUGGUUCGAGUUCAGUAUUCUGACUUUGUAAUCAACACAUAUAUUUGGACGUUUCGACACUGCUUAAAUGUUUGUAAGCUACACUAGUGACAUAAACAUUUGUAGUUUAAAAUAACUGUUUUAAAUUUUGGUGUAAUAGUAAUGUGUUUGACAUUGGUAUUCACUUUUUCUAUAUUCUGAAGUGUACAUUGGAGAAUGAGAUUGUUUUUUCAUGUAUGUUAUUUAACUGUUAGCAUACUUGGAUACGGUGACUGAUCUUUGAUAAGGUGUGUUUUUUUUUUAUAUUUUGUUUUCUCUUUUUCUCACAUUUUCGUUAGGUUCAUAAUUAUUUUGUCCCGGUGGUCUGGAAUAGAGCUGUUGUAGAUUUCAUUAGACUUUAAAUGCUUUUUUUGUAAAAGGAACCCUCCAUAACCAUUAUAGCAUGCCAGCAGUGCCUGAUGCUCUCUCAUUGUAAGAAGUCAAGACAUUUUAGGUCAGCUUGACUUCUGGGAUCUGUCGGGUACCAUUUCAUGUCUCUUCCCUUCUGAUACUGACAGCCUGCAGCUAGGGCCGGCUUUAGGCACCCUGUGAGAAAAAUCUUCACAGUGCUCUACUCUGGCUACACCCCCUCCCAUUAAUACUUUUUACCAUUUAAAACCUCAUUAUUACCUUUCAAUUAAUUACAUAAUUCUACAUCCAACAUGUCAAUCACCUAUUCUAAAAAGGGUUUUUAAAGCCUGAGAUCUAAGUUUAACUUCAGUGACCAUACGUACUAUAGAAAAGGCUAUAUCGGAGGGUCUGUGGUUGUGUGCAGGGCGAGACAGGGAAUAAAAUGCAGCCCAGGAAAAAAUAGUGCGCAGAUAUACAUUUGGAAGAAAAUGACUAAAUACCGUAUAUACUAGAGUAUAAGUUCACCAGAAUAUAAGUAGAGACCCCUAAUUUUGCCCCAAAAAACUGCGAAAACUUAUUGACUCGAGUAUAAGACUAGGGUGGGAAAUGCAGCAGCUACUGGUAAAUUUCUAAAUAAAAUUAGAUCCCCCAAAAAUUAUAUAUAUUGAAUAUUUAUUUACAGUGUGUGUAUAUAUAAUGAAUGCAGUGUGUAUGAAUGCAGUGUGUGUAUGUGAUGCAGAGCCUUGGUGGGGGGUGGGCUUUUUUUUUUAUUUUUUUAUUUUUUUAAUGUUAUUUAAUUUUUUAUUCAUAUUUUUUUCGCCCCCCCUCCCUGCUUGAUACAUGGCCAGGGUUGGUCCAGUGGAUGGGCUGUGUAGGAGGGGGGCUCCUGGCAGCAAGCUGUAACUUACCUUUCCUGCAGCUCCUGUCAGCUCCCUUCUCUCCCCUCCGGUCCGGUCAGCUCCAGUGUAAGUCUUGCGGUGUGAGUGCCGCGCAGAGCGUUGCCACGGUAACCCGUGGCAAUGCUCUGACCCCGCGGCUCUCACAAGAUUUACAGUAGAGCUGACAGGAGCUGCAGGAAAGGUAAGUAACAGCUCGCUGCCAGCCUCCUACAGGACCGCCGGGCUUGUAAUGAGCCCGGCGGCCCUUGUCUGUAUUAUGGCAAUGUAAGUUGUCAUAAUACAGACAUUGACUCGAGUAUAAGUCGAGUGGGGGUUUUUCUGCACAAAAAAUGUGCUGAAAAACUCGAUUAUACUCGAGUAUAUACGGUAUAACCUUUUUUUUUGCCUCACUGCUCUCGGGAGUAUGCAACAGACGAUAUUCCUGGAACAAAGUUAUAGCAUACAACAAGCAUGACAUUUAGACAAUGUGUAUCAGUACGGAGUGGGGGGAGGAUUUUUAUAUAUGUAUGGGCAUGCUGGUCUAACAGGUAGCAUCCACUGUAGUGUAGAACCUUUCUAAAGGUACAGAUUAGCACCCUCUUAUAACAUAUCUAUGGCAUAUGUGUAUCGUGCUAUAAAGAGUGGGGAGGGUGGGUUGGGGGACUUUUUCUAAGGAACAAUUAAAAACACACAAGAAACUUCAGCUUGCCUGUUGUGUAAAGAGUAUGUUCCUUUUUAUUUUAUAAAAGUGCAGAUUUCAAUAGAAAGUGGGACUUUUAUAGAAGUCUAUUCUCUUACACCUUCCCAUCUGUCAGACAGCCAGGAGUUUUUUUUUCUUUUGAGUAGUUUAGCUUCCUGGAGCUAGGCACAAGUGGCAGACUUGCCAAAGCACACAUGCCCUGCAAAGACUUCUAACUGAGCUGCAGCUCAGUGAGAAGUUUGUGACUUGACAACUGGGAGCAGACUCUGGUCAUUCUCUGUCACAGACAAUAAAGUUUAUGCCAGCGAAAGAGGGGGCUUGUAGUGGCUACAGAUGCCAAAUCUUCAGCUGUAUAAUUUUUAUCUAAAAAAAAAUAUACAAAAUUAAACACGUUUGUUUUGAAAAUAUAUUUACUAAAUUGUCUUUAUUUUUUUUAGCAGAUAAUGUACAAUAAUAUAUAGUGAAUGUUUCAGCCCCUUCACUUUAAUGUAAAGGCAGGUUGUUUUUUUUAACUAAACCAUGAUUUUCGUUUGCAGAAAAUUCUAAUUGUAACGUUUAUUCUUAAACAGCCAAGUUGUGACUAAAGCUGAGUUGAAGAAUUUUUCCAAAUUAGCUAUUUUUGCCUCAAGUAUGGAUUUUUAAUUGCUGCAAUCUAGAGUUUAGUGAACAACUAAAUAUAAUUAAAGGACCACAAUAGUGCCAGGAAAACAAACUAAUUUUCCCGGCACUAUAGGGUCAUAAUUUCCCCUUCAGCCACUUACCUUUCUUCAGCCCUUGGCACUGGUGACCUCUCUUCCCCUUGCCGAUGUUAGAUCCACAUGCGCGGCAAGAGCCGCUCGUGUAUUCAAACCGCCCAUAGGAAAGCAUUACUCAAUGCUUUCCUAUGCACGUCCAGCAUCUUCUCACUGUGAUUUUCACAGUGAGAAUCGCAGAAGCACCUCUAGCGGCUCUGUGAGACAGCCACUAGAGGCUGGAUUAACCCUCAGUGAAACAUAGCAGGUUCUCUGAAACUGUUUUCAGCUGCAGGGUUAAAACUAGAGGGACCUGCACCCAGACCACUUCAUUGAGCUGAAGUGGUCUGGGUGCCUAUAGUGAUCUUUUAAUGUUAGCCCUGAGUGGCCAACAAUAUAUAUGUAUAUUAUAUGUACACAAUACAUUAACAUACAUGUGUAACUAUGCAUAGACUCCCCGAAACACAUACAUUAAAUGAACUCAAUAGCAAUGGGAAUACAAAACUGUAUUCCUAAUCCUGUAGUGUCCCUCUCCCUUGCUCAAUAUAGGUGUCCAUCCCAUUUACAGUUAAAAUUAGAUACUAAUAAAGAUUUAGCCAUCUUUUUCCAGCGCCUCCCACAAUGUCAUGGAGGAGACACUGCCUACCCCGCCCAGUCCAAUCCUCCGAAAGGAGAAGUGAGCAUUGUGCACGCAUUAAAAGCUUUGAAUCAGUGCUUUCCCAUGGGUCACCCCCGUCACAUGACAAGUUUUACUCAGUCAGUGAUGCCGAAGUAUCUCUAGUCACUAGUGGCUCUCAUACUGACAGCCACUAGAGGUGGAAUUAACCCUGCAAUUUAAACAGUACAGUUUCUCAAAUACACAGGGCCACUGCACUCAGGCCACUUCAAGACACAAUAGUGUUUUGUUUUGUUUAAACUUUUCUUUUUACUUUGUCCUUUAAAAGGUAAGGAAAAAAACAUAUAUAUAUAUAUAACAAUGGUCUAUUUAAGAAAAGGGUGCACACCAACACAUAUUCACGCUCACUGACACACACAAUGACACAUACAUAGAAUCAGUCAGAUGCAUUCACACCCCCAAACACACAGGCUGACUCAGGCACUCACUGAUACACAUAGACUAAGCGAGCACUCAAUAACACACUCACUGCCACAGGCACUAAUGAACACACACGUGCACAAGCAUUCACUAACUCACAUUAGCACAAGACCUCACUGAUACACACACUGACGUAGUCAUUCACUGUGACAAAAACACACACUGACAUGCAACAGUUUAAAAAUGCAUAUUUCUACUAUGUGGUUUACAUUAGUUUGGCAGUUCCUGCAGGGCUAUAAAUGAUGGGUGGAGCCUGGCAGCCCUGACAGAGAUGGGGAAAUAACAGAGAUAUAUCAGAUCAGAGUACUGACCUGCUGCAGCAAAUGGCUCCAUCCUCCGCCAUGUUUCCAGCUUUGAGACCGUAUUUGCUGGUGAUCCGCACGGUGUCAGACAGCAGCAGGGGAAGAAAGGCAGGGCUCUGUUGAUACUCCUAGAGGGGAAUCUACAGGCAGCACAGGGGCCAUGAAAGAAGCUAGUGCUGUAAAAUGGAGGCAAGGAACUGGCAGCCAAGGACAGUAGAAACAUGCUUACUGGAUGUGUAUGCACAGAGGGCUGUCCGAUUUGAGAGUGAGUGUCUGCUCCCCUACUAAUUCCUCCUCCUUAGCUCUGCCGCCACUCACAGCCCCCUUUAAAACUGCAUGCCUCAAAUUAGGCGCUUGGAGUUCACGUCCAGUAAAUUGUCAACUGCUUUAGCCUGGCUACUCCCCCACGGCGCUCCUCCAUAUUAACUUGAGUGCCACCGAGGGAGCAAAGGAAGGAUUAACAAACUCUAGUGUCAAAGCAUGUGAGAGCUGUGUUGGCUACCAGCCACCCCUGUUGCCAUGGUGCCCUUUGCUGCUGCACAGCUCACCCCCAAAAGGCCGGCCAUGUCUGCGUUGUAAAGCUUGGCUCAAUGGCUGACCGUGAUCAGCUGAUGCUCUCAGUCAAUGAGCCAGCCGUGCAUUGAAGGACUUACCUUUGACAGCUAAAGGAAGUGGGUUAGGCCAGGGCUUGACAAAGCCCUGGCGACUAGGCAUUUUGUCCGGGCUCCUGGGUGUUUCUCAGUCCAUUAAGGCCCCGACGUGAUCAGCUGAUUGAGAUAGGAGGCAUCAAGGGAGCUGUUAUCUUUUUGCUCUGCUGUGAUGCCUUGAGCCUGAAUAAGACGCCACUCCUGAUCCAGCAUCACUAAACUGCGAUGAGCACACACCUCCAGAAAAGGUUCCACUCCAGCUCUCCCAAAAGUAGGGAGGCUGGGUGGACAAAUUAAAAUAAAACAAAUAGUGUAUGUGUGUCAAAUCAGUGUUUAGUUGUUUUUUGUACCCCUUUAGUACUAUACUGACUAUUCAUAUGGCUGAUCUGAACAAUGGAGUACAUAUGUCAAAGAUCCUAAAAUUCUCACCCCAAAUGAGCAAUGGAGCCCUGCAUCCAAACGGUGGUUAAUAAAAUAAAUAAAUGUCCCACAUCAAACUGGUGGAAUUGCCUGCUACAGUUGUCCAGAGGUGUAUUGUUUAAUAUCAUCAUUAACAAUCAUAUUCCAUUUAGCUUAUAGCUUUUUUUAAUAGUGUUUAUAUUAGACAAAGAAUACAUUUAACUGCACCAUUUUAAUGUACGCCUUUUUUCAACAAUAUUGUUGUUUUUUUUUUUUUUUUUUUUUUUAACUUAAUGGAUGCCAUCAUUUGCAGGUGAUAUUGGAAAUUACUACUAUGGACAAGGGCAUCCUAUGAAACCUCACAGGAUUCGGAUGACCCACAAUUUACUGCUAAAUUAUGGACUUUACAGGAAAAUGGAAAUUUAUGUAAGUAAAUAUUUUACUACUCUUUGCUACAUUGUAAAUGUCUGUCAUGAAUAGUUAACAAAACAUGUUAUCUGCCUCUUAGAAUGUCACACUUUUUUGUUCACUUUUUUUUUAUAAACAUUUUUAAGGCCCACGGGUGUGCCGUCAUCCUCAAGGAGAUGUGCCUAAACACCUAGCCAUCCACAUGUCUGCCGCCAUUCCUCUGCUGCAGAUUGCACUGAAGGGACCUGCCUGGCAACUCAGGCAGUCACCCUGUGGCCAGUUUUGGCAAUUUGCAGCACGUGAUCACUUUUACAAUGUCUCAGCAAAUGAUUUGUAACAUAGGCUGAGACAUUGUCUCUUUCCCUUUCUAAUCCUCACUUAGAUCUGAGGUAUGCCUUAGAUCUGAGGCAGAGUGAUCUUUGAAGAAGCAAAAAAGCCUUUUAUUUAACAUUAUUGUGAUCAGCCUGAUUAGUGUAUUUAGUACCUUGUUACCAUUUCUGUUUUUUUGGUGGGUUUUUUUUUUUACCCUUUUUUUUUUGUCAAAAAAUAAAAAAAAUCUUCCCUGUUGCUUUAUCACUGUCCUUUUAUCUAUGUUGUACAGUGCUGUAUCUGUGAUCAGUGUGAUGAGAGGGUUAUCUGAUCAGGCUGAUAUUAUUUGGGGGGAGGAGAGGGGUUGGUUUAAAAAAAAACAACUCCUUUUAGUACUGGUUUGCAGCUGUUUAAGCUGCAGUCAGUAAUUUUAUUACUUAUUUUUGAGUUGGGUGGGUGUGGGGAGUGGGAGUGGGUAGUGUGUGGUAGGCAGGUAGGCAAGAAAGUAAAUUAAUCCUCAUAGAAUGGCACGCUUCUAUACACUAUGGCAGACUCUGAUAAUGAUGCCAUAGCAGUGACUCACACCUGCCGGCAUUGAGCUCCUGAGUGAGCCCUCAAGUGAUGGUGCCCCACCACCCUCUAUGUGUGGACCCUCACGACACCCAGAGCCAGAGGAAGAUUAGCUACCCCCAAACGUGACGCCCCCGGAAAUACCCCUGUUCACUGCUACACCUGGCAUCACAGUAACAGCCAGUUGAGCUCUUUAUGUUGAUGACAUACUUGAGCUAAUGAUUGAGCAAACAAACUUGUUUACCUGCCAGUACCUUUCUGCAAAUUCAGGGUCACAGUGUAAUAGUAACCCUAGUAAUGGAUAUUGGCAAAAAAAACAGUAUUGGGUGCUACUGGAUAAAGAGCCACAUCCUGCUUACUAGGGAUUGACCAAUUAUUGGUCUGGCCGAUGUUAUCAGACGAUAUUCUGAAUUUUCUGCAAUAUAGGUAUCGACCUAUGAAGAUACCGAUAUUGCCGAUAAUGCAGACCAGUGCCGCCAUCAGGGCAUGACAACCGAGACGGUUUUCAUGGGCCCAGCGGUCCUGGGGGGCCUGCAGCACACUCUUCCCUUCCCAGCAGCUCCUCUGUCUAAACCUUGUGAGUCCUACAGCCGUCAGUGUUGCCACAGGUUACCAUGGCAACGCUCCACGCGGCACAAAAGCCGCAAGUGUCAGACAGGGGAGCUGCUGGGAAGGUAAGUAACAGUGUUGCUGAGCCCCAUCUGCAGAGUCCAUGCCACCGGACCAACAUUUCUUACCUGGCCAGGGAGAGGGGACUAAAACAAAAUGUAAAAAAAUUUAAUAUUUAAAAAAAUGUAAAAAUAAAUUAAAAUACCCCUCCCCCCAUUUUACACACAUUACAUACCUACACAAACACACUACAUUCAAUAUUUACACACUACACAAACACGCACUGCAUUUGUUUUUUAUAUAUAUAUAUAUGUGUGUGUGUGUAUGUAUGUGUGUAUAUAUAUAUAUAUAUAUAUAUAUAUAUAUAUAUAUACACACACACACUGCAUUCACUAUGCACACAUUACACAAACACACACUGCAUUCACUAUGCACACAUUACACAAACACACACUGCAUUCACUAUGCACACAUUACACAAACACACACUGCAUUCACUAUGCACACAUUACACAAACACACACUGCAUUCACUAUGCACACAUUACACAAACACACACUGCAUUCACUAUGCACACAUUACACAAACACACACUGCAUUCACUAUGCACACAUUACACAAACACACACUGCAUUCACUAUGCACACAUUACACAAACACACACUGCAUUCACUAUGCACACACUAUAUAAACACACAUUGCAUUCAUUAUUAUACACACUACACACACACUACGCACACACUGCAUUCAAUAUGCACACACUACACACUCUGCAUUCACUACACCCACGUAUAUUCUUGAAAACAUAAAUUCUGAUUGUAUAUUUUGUGCAUUUACCUUAGUUUAAAAAAAAAAAAAAAAAGCAAAAAAUAAUAAUAAACAUGUUCAGUUAACAGUAGAUUUGUGUAGAAAGUUUAUUUUUUCAAAACAGUAAAUGUACAGAGUAUCGGUAAGUUAUCGACUAUCGGCCUGAAAGUUCAUAGAUUAGCGGUAUCGUCUCUAAUAAAUCAUAGAGAGACAGACACAGACUCACACACUCAAAGAAUUAUUUAUUCUUGAUAUACUCAAAUGUAUACACACACAAACCUUUAUACAUACAUACACACAUGACAUGCACAGAAAAAAGGGCUUGCAGGCGGCUCUGCAGUAUGGGGCAGGAGGAGGGUGGGAUUAAGGUCAGCUAUGUGUCAAGGGGGAUGGGCAGAGAGCAGGGUCGGUUAUGUGUCAUGGAGGCGGGGAGCAGAGCUGUCUUUACCUGGUUUCCUGCCAGGUUAGCUUGCCAUUCCCCUGUGCCUGGGAUUUGUCAAGCCCUGGUUUAAAUUCCAGGUUUUGUUUUGAUCAGAACUUGUACAAUUGCCUCUGUCCUUCAGGGAUUAAAGAAAUACAAUUAAAGGACCACUCUAGGCACCCAGACCACUUCAGCUUAAUGAAGUGGUCUGGGUGCCAGGUCCUUCUAGGGUUAACCCAUUUUUUCAUAAUUAUAGCAGUUUCAGAGAAACUGCUAUAAUUAUGAAUGGGUUAAGCCUUCUAAUCCUCUAGUGGCUGUCUCAUUGACAGUUACUAGAGGCGCUUGCGUGCUUCUCACUGUGAAAAUCACAGUGAGAGCAGCGUCCAUAGGAAAGCAUUGUAAAUGCUUUUCUAUGAGACCGGCUGAAUGCGCGCGCAGCUCUUGCCGCUGCGUGCGCAUUCAGGGCGGGGCGUAACGGAGGCGGAGAGAGGAGGAGAGCUCUCCGCCCAGCGCUGGAAAAAGGUAAGUUUUUACCCCUUUCCCCCUUCCAGAGCCGGGCGGGAGGGGGACCCUGAGGGUGGGGGCACCCUCAGGGAACUAUAGUGCCAGGAAAACGAGUAUGUUUUCCUGGCACUAUAGUGGUCCUUUAAUAUGUCAGUGUUCCUUCAUUGGUAUGCAUCACCACCCACUCUCUUUUUCUGAAAUAAAAAAAAUAGAAAUGCCUGUAAAUUAAUCUAGCACUGGUCCAACUCUAUUGGGCAGCCACUCCUCCCAUGGUGAGAAUCAUCUAUCUGGUCCCCAUAGAGAUGCAUUGGUGACCUAAUGGCAUUGUGUGACAAUCACUGAGCUCAUAGAGAAGCAUUGCAAUGCAGAACAUGAAUACUUAUAAUUUUUUUAAUUUAUUUUUUUUGUUGUUGAAAAGGAAGUGCUACUAAAAGCAACCUGUCUCCCAAGUGUAAAUGUUUCUAUUUCUUACCACAGGAUGUGCAUUUGUUGAACUGCAGGGAUGAACCAAAACCAUUACUUUAAAAUAUAGUGCUUUUGGUGCUUAGUGUUCCCAUAGUGGUUAUGGUGCCAGUAUAUUUAUGCCACUGUCUCCAAAUUGUUUUUGAGAGGUUAAAAAGAAACUAAGGAUCCCCUGGGCAUUCGCUACACUGCUUGUUGUCGAUAUAACUAUCACAAAAGCUCUACUUCUGCAUUGGCAAUAUCAAAGGUACUCUGUAACUUUUUCACUUCAUUAAGGGGACACUAUAGUUACCAAAACAACUUACACUUAAUGAAGCAGUUUUUGUGUAUAGAUCAUGCCCCUGUAAGCUCACUGCUCAGUUUGCUGCCAUCUAAGACUUAAAAUGACUUUAUACAGCCCUAGCCAUACCUCUCCUAGCUGUGACUUAUACAGCCUGCAUGGAAAUUAAAAUGCAACUAGGCUUUAAAAGUUUUUAUCUCUUGCUCUGUAAAUUAAACUUUAAUAAAAUACAGGAAGCUCCAGCAGGGUCUAGCAAGCUAUUAACAGAGCAGGGGAUAAGAAAUUCUAAAUUAAUCAGAAUUUGCAAUUAAGGUACUGUAAAUCUUAGAUGACUCUUUACAGGAAGGCUUUUGAAAGGCUGUGUAAGUCGCAUGCAGGGAGGCGUGCCUAGGGCUGUAUAAACAAAGUGAUUGAACUCCCAAAUGGCAGAUAGAUACAUCUAUACACUAAAACUGCUUACUAAGCUAAAGUUGUUUUGGUCACUAAACAUAGAAUGUGACGGCAGAUAAGAAAUUUGCACUCGGUCUGUGCCUGGUCCCAAUUAAUAUCUUAUCACUCACUUUGUCCUGAUAACCGCAUGGGAAAUGUAUUUUUAUGUUUUAAGUGGCAGUACUGUACAAGUGGGUUGUUCCCUCUUCUGUGGACAAGAAGCUCUGAAAGAUAUAGAAAUUUAAAUACUCCCGCCUACCUGCUCAUAAAAGGCAGUAACCUCCUUUAGUCCUCAGUUCUUCUUGUCCGGGCUCACAGGUUGCAGCCAGAGAGAACUGGACCCGAAGCUCACCGGGAGGUGAGAUGCGUGGUACCCCUUCCACACGAGCGUUACGGAACGAGAGUGGAAGGGGAUUUUCAUUCUGCUGACAGGAAGUAGGAGGUCCCGGGUGGCCCUCCAAUCCACAUGCAGGCCAGGCACCUGCGAACAGCAGUGGAACGCAUGCCCGGGUGGCUUUGCGUUCCACUGAAGUUCCAAACGCAGCAAUGCACAUGCGUGAUUGAAACAUUGGAAAAUUGGCGCGAAAUUGAGCACCAGGAUGGUCGCCGGUAUCAGGUUCACAGUGUCGCCAGCCUUCCCACACAGCAGUAAGGUAUUUUGAGGUGAGAUUAGUCUUUCCUUUGAAAUGCCUCAUAUUCUAUUUCUAUUUUCUGUUGUAUUUAGUGAUUAUAACUUAUUAUAUUUCAGAAUAUGUCCAGUCCUGCAUCCCCAGACAAGGACAAGGAAAAAAUGUUUGCUCCAGCUCCCAGGAAGGCUCCCUGUAAAGCUAAAUAUCUCUGUUGCUUGGAAUGUGCAGUACCAGGUGGUUGCAGAAAAAAGUCAUGCAACAAGUGUACUGCAGAAUCCUUGGAGAAAUCAAAACAAAAAGAGAUGCAAUAGUUUUUGAGCUGGUUUCAGGAAAACCUUUCUCAGAUGUUCGAAUCAUUCAAGGAUUCGGUUAAGAAUGAUAGCGGAGCUGUUAAACAUCCAGAGAAGGAAGAUAAAAGUAAUCUUCUCAAUGAAAACUGUCUUCAGGGGAAUGUUCAAGUUAUUCUAGAUCAGAGGUUUCCAGCCUAGACUCCAGCCUGGAUGAAGACUUCCCUCCAGAGGUACUUAAAAAAUUGGUUAAGGAAGUUGCUGCCUUGCUUCAGGGAAUGGAACCUGCUAAAAGUAAGGCAAAAGGUUUUCCGACUAAUCCCGGGAUUCUAGAGCUGCUCCAGAGGGAAUGGAUAAAUCCUUAACAGGCUUUUAUUUCUAAACACUUUAAACUAAUAUUCAAGUUACAAAGCAAAGAAAGAUGGGAAUAUCUGCCAAAGGUUGACAUCCAAGUAGUCCAACUCUCCAAGAAAACCACCAUUCCUAGAGGGGAAGUUUCAGGUUUAAAGGCGCAGAAACAUCACGCAAAAGGGCUUAUCAGGCUGUAGGUUAUCAAUGUAAGGCAGCAAUUUCAGAAGCAGCAGUUGCAAAGGCCCAGGGUGCCUGGCUCCUUUCCUUGGAGGAUAUGUUUGCGGGAAAAUCAGACAAAAACCUGUCACAAUUAUUCCUCCACCUGUAAAGGCUCUCUUAUGAAUUUAUUUAAUAUAUGACUGAAGAAGUUCUCAAACUAUCCACCAGAUUUAUGGGUCUCUGGGUCAGAUCUUGGACGGCAGAUACUGCAUCUAAGGCAAAUCUAUGCAAGCUGCCCUUUGAGAUGAAAUAGUUGUUCGGAUCUGCACUGGAAGACAUCAUUAAACAGAUGGCAGAUGCUAAAAAGGCCCUGCCUCAAGAAUUUAGAGCCUCUAACUCCAAGAGAUUUCAGUACAAAAGGCAAAGAUAAUUUUGGCUUCAAGAUAAAUCUAGGAGAUUUUGGAAACCCUUUUGUGAAGGCAAGAGAGAAUACCAAGGACAUUCGGGGUACCAAAACAAAGAUAAAAGAAGACAAUAUUGACGCAAGAAGAGUGGGAGUUUGUCUAAAAUACUUUGUUCCACAAUGGAAAGAAACUACUUCCAACAAAUGAAUAUUGCAUAUUAUAGAAGAAGGCUGCAGAAUAAAGUUUACAAGAACACCUUCAGAAUUCCUGGUGUCAACCUACACUUCAAAGAUGAAGUCACCAGCCCUUCUCACUGUCCCUCUUACACAAAGGGGUCAUAGAAAGAGUACCAAAACAUCAAGAGUUUCAAAGAGUAUACACUCAUCUGUUUCUUGUUCAAAAACCAGACAAAAGUUUUUGCCCUAUUCUAGACCUCAAUGCGGUCAACUCCUGCAUUCCGUACCGUUUCCACCUGGAAAAUAUCCUUUUCGUUACUCUCAUCCUUCAGAAGGGAGAAUACAUGGCGAAAAUAGAUCUCAAGGACGCCUAUCUUCAUGUGCCCAUGGCCACAAACUCAAGGAAGUUCCUCAAGUUUGCAGUGAAAUCAAGCAAACAAAAGAUUCUCCAUUUCCCAUUCAGGGCUCUUCCAUUUGUCCUUUCUUUAGUUCAUCGUAUAUUUACGAAGAUCCUUUUACCUUUGACAGCUGUGCUGAGAUUAAAAGGCAUAGCCAUCGUCCCGUACUUAGACGAUUGGCACUGAAAGCACACUCAAUGGAACAACUGAAAAGGAAUCUUCGGUUAACCACUCAGUUCUUGUAGUCUCACAGUUGGAUAAUAAAUUCAGAAAAAUCCUAAUGGUUUCCCACCACAAGAAUUCUAGUUCUAGGCCUUUUGGUAGAUCCAGUAUGCUUCAGAGAAGGAAUCGCUGUACCAUCAGACAAGCAAUGAGCUGCUUAGUCCUCCUUACAUCCACCAUUCCAGCAGUGAAGAAGGCAAGAUCUCAGAUCAGACCUUUACAAUGGGACAUCCUAUCAAAUUGGUCCAAAAGAGAAGAAGAUCUGGACAAAGAGAUCUUGAUUUCGGACGGAGUAAAGACGCAACUAAAUUGGUGGAUAGAUUCAAGAUUGAUAACAAACGGCUUCUCAUUCAAGCAAAGGAUAUGGUUCACCAUAAAUACGGAUGCUUCCGUCACAGGUUGAGCUGCACAUGUGGGAUCACUGUUUCACCUAGGUUGCUGGUCCCAAGCGGAAACUGCUCAGUCCUCAAACUACAAGGAAUUGGUAUGAGAGGCCCUACAAGCUUUCAAUUUAGAAAUUGGAGACAAAUCAGUGAGAAUUCAAUCAGACAAUCUCACUGUCUCUUACCUGAACCAUCAGGGCGGUACAAUGGUUAUGACACUCCAAAGAUUAUGUGCACAGAUCAUGGCUUGGGCUCAGAUGGAACUAUAAUAAAUUUCAGCAACUUACAUCAACGUCUCAAACAACAUUGUGGCAGGCGAUCUGAGCAGGCAACACUGGACUCAGACAGAAUUGUCUCUUCAUCCAGAUACAUUUAAGAUCCUAGUCGGGAGGUUCGGACUACCAGAGAUGGAUCUUACGGCCAACAGACGCAACGCAAAAAUAAACAACUUUGCUUCCAUUAUAAAACAAGAUUGCCUACUAGUUCUGGGCGGAUUCUCAAUCCCUUGGAAGUUCAGGUUGACCUUCAUCUUCUCUCCGGUAGCUUUAAUAGCUCGAAUUGUAAAAAGAUACGUACAGACAAGGCAAGAGUUUUAGCUACCUUCCCCUACUGGCCAAAUUAGAGCUGAUUUUCCAAAAUCAAUCAGUUGGCAGUCUCUCAGUGGGUUCUUCCUUGCUCUCCAACCUUACUGGACGUUCCCGUGGAAACUCUGAGGAUGUUUUGAUUGACGGCCUGGCUGCUGCAAGGGUAAUUUUAAAGGAGCAGGGUAUUUCGGAUGCGAUCUGUGACACCCUCCUUGCCUCCACUUGUAAUUCUACUUCUAAAAUGUACCUCCGAAUCUGGCAGAAGUUUUGAAGACGGUUGGUCUUCCAUUCCUUCUAUCCUGGCUUUUCUUCAAUAAAGCUUUAACUCACGCCUUGGGUUGGAGAGCUUCAAGCUGUCUGCUUCUCCGGAAUUUUCAAUCUUUCACCAGGAUGAGGCUAUAUUACAUCUAAGACUUUUGUUUCUGCCUAAAGUGGUUUCUAGACUGCACUUCAACCAGCCUAUUGUCGCUGCCUAGAUGUUAGAAGGGCCUUGGAAGUAUACCUCAGGAGGUCAGCCCCUUACAUGGUUUCAGACCAUCUUUUUCUUAAUUUUUAAGGUGCCUUUAAAGGCAAGAUGGCUUCCAAAUCUACGUUGGCCAGAUUGCUUACUGAGGCCACUAAGUUUUGUCCUAUGUUUCCAGCAAUGUCUCCCUUUUUUUUUUUUUUUUUUUUUGGGCCAUAAGGACUGCAGGUGUAAUAAGAAAAGUGCAAUAAUAGGAGACAAUCAUAACUCAUGAGGAAAAAUACUACUUGGUCAUUAGUCCCUAUGCCCUCAAGGGGAGUGCUUCACAGGGUUCCCAACUUCUGCUUGAGGUCCCGGAGAGCGGCCUUCUCUCCUUGACUUAGCCUUGUGUAGGCCUCAAGCCUCGGUUUGUCAGUCCGACGUAGUAAGAGCUUGCAAAAGGUACCUUCUGAUGCAGCAACCUCUCCCGGGUUUAAGUAAUUUUGGCUGCAGUCUGUAAGUGACGAUUUCUAGAUGAAACACCCCGUUUUUGGGGGGGGUUUUGUCCCCAGACGUGUUUCCCUUUCUUUUCCGGUCAAAGCACAUUAAGUUAGAGGCAUUUCAACUUCCUGGGCUGAGAGGUCUUUGGCUUCUUCAGAAGAUAUCUGUAAAGCUGCUAUUUGGUCCUCAUUCCACACUUUCAUCAAGCAUUACAAGCCGACAUAAUAUCCUGCCUUUGAAGACGCUUUUGGGCGAAAGGUGCUCCAAGCUGUGGCCUACUAAUUACCCACACAUUUCCUGAAGGAAUCUUGCUAUAUCCCACUUGUACAGUACUGCCACUUACAACAAGAAAAACAGUAAUUUUACUUACCAUAAAUUUUAUUUUCCUUAGUGGAAUGGCAGUACUGUAUUCUUUCCCUCCCAUUGGAUAUUAAAUUAUAUUUUGCAGUAUUUGGUCUCCGUGUGGUUGUUUAGAAAAUGGAGGAUUAAAGGAGGUUACUGCCUUUUAUGAUCAGGUAGGCAGGAGUUUUUACAUUUCUAUAUCUUUCAGAGCUUCUUGUCCACAUAAGAGGGAACAACCCACUUGUACAGUACUGCCACUCUACUAAGGAAAAUAGCGUUUACGGUAAGUAAAAUUAGUUUUCUUUGAAAUGGGAUAUCUCUAAAAUUCAGGCUCUCUAUAAAAAGGCAAGCUCAUCAAAAGUGUAUUUUAGCUUGCAUUAUCAACCAAGUGGCAGGGCCUGCUCAUGCGUGAAGAGCAAGCAAGCAAGAGUCGCUAUUUCUAUUGAGGGAAGAAUUUUACUAGAUGUAAAUUGAUUGAUCAUGCAAGCUAAAAUAGAGCCAAAGACUUUAAAAAAAUAACAUCUUUCAGACUACAGUAAGCAAGAGACUCGAGCUGCAUCCAGGGGCAAGUGAUAGCCACACAGGUCUGUAAGGGGCAAGUGAUAGCCACACAGGUAGCUGGUAUUGGAAGCUUUGACAGGAAUGUUGCUGAGCUUGCCUUUUGAUAGAGAGCCUGAAUUUUAGAGAGAUUCCAUUUCAAAGAAAUAGACUUCCCAUGCUGUGAUCGGGACCAAGUGGGUGAUAAAAUAUUAAUUGGGACCAGGCACAGACAGAGUGCAAGUGCACUACAAUAAGUUGAGAGCUCCACAUAGGGUGUCUUUGGUGGAGGCUCCUCACCUAAUGUUAUUACAAAAUUUUAGCUCUCCUCUCUUUAGAUUGCUGUUUGAAUUACAAACACUGGAGUGCUGGAGGAUUCCGAAGAGGUGACUAUAUUUAUGGUGGGGACUGUACGACCUUGGGAUAAUUAAAAGGAGUACUGCAUAUACAUCAGGACAAUAUCUUUAUUUGCAUUAACUUUCUGCUGAAUUAAUAAUUUUUUAUAAUAUUAUUUAUAUAUAUAUAUAUAUAUAUAUAUAUAUAUAUAUAUAUAUAUAUAUAUAUAUAUAUAUAUAUAUAUAUAUAUAUAUAUAUAUAUAUGUGUGUGUGUGUGUUCUAUUAAUACUUUGCUCUCUAAUUUGAAUCUGUUCCAAGUAUGUGCGCUAACUCAUUGUUUUAAAUAUCGAAUUUUAAUUAAUGUAAAUUUUUUAAACCGGGAUUGACGUGAACAGAAUGAAGAAACAAAGAAUAAAAUUUUUUUAAAAAGGGGGAGGAAUGCCAACCACUUUAGAUGAUAUGGCACCACCAUAAUGGCGUUGCAGUGAGAAACAUAAUCUGGAAAAGAAUGUGACAAUGAUCCCUGGAGUAAAUAGAUUAAAGCAGGGAUUGAAGUUAAGAAGAUGGUUUGAAUUUAUACCUCUGGCAUCUAAGGGAUUAAUCUCUGUAUGUGUAUUAUAUCAGAAUGAAACACUGCACAUACAAAUUCCAGACACCAUAACCACUUCAAAUAAAUGAAGUGGUCACCCUAUAGAUUGUAAGCUCGCUUGAGAAGUGUCCUCUUCAACCUAUCGUUCCUGUAAGUUUUCUUGUAAUUGUCCUAUUUAUAGUUACAUCCCCCCCCUCUCAUAAUAUUGUAAAGCGCUACGGAAUCUCUUGGCGCUAUAUAAAUGGCAAUAAUUAUAAAAAUUGUGUGUGGAGUAACCCGUUAAUUGUAGCAAUGACUGGUUCACUUUUUGUCUGCAAUAUGGCUUCAAGAAUCAUGAUUUUGUGGCUUCUGGUAUUUGUGCAGCCUUGGUCAUGUUUUCAUACUUAGUCUAAAGUAGUUAAAAAUACAGACACAGAAAUGCAGAUGUUUCUAAGCAGUAAAAGUAUGCAAUUUAGCCCAGUUUGUAAAUAAUUACAGAAAAAUCGCAUUUUAUCUAAAACUAUACUUUUUCUUUUUUUAGCGACCUCACAAGGCAACUGCUGAAGAGAUGACCAAGUACCACAGUGAUGAAUACAUAAAAUUUCUCAGAUCUAUAAGGCCAGACAAUAUGUCAGAGUACAGCAAACAAAUGCAGAGAUGUACGUUCAUUUUGGCUUUUUUUAAUUUUUUUUUUAUUAAAAGUGAAUAAUAGAGGGGGUUUUUGUUAAUAUUACACGUUUUAUAUUCAAUAACUUAAUGCAUGUAUGUGAGUGCUUUGGACUGUUACAUACAUAGUGUUGGUGUGUAAUACUGCCCAAAAAGAAAACAUUUUGGCUAUACAGAUAGUCAGAGAAAAAGACAUUGUGUUGUCCAUCUUUGUGCGCCCAGCUGGGCAAUUCUGUCUUAAAAACAGGCUAGGUCAAGGCCAGAGUGCUCAAUGAUAGGAAACCAUUUCGCAGAAAGGAAGAUACUUUUUUAGAGGGACACUAUAGUCACCAGACAAACUACAGCUUUAGAUUCAUAAUCCCUCCUGUAAAUAAUCAAACCUAUUGCAAACAUUAAUAUAUCCUUUGUUUAAUGUUGUGAAGGGUGGCAAAAAAGUUUUCAGUGCAAAAUACUUUGUUUACUUUUGUGAUCUAAAACAUUGUGAUUUUAAUUUGAUAUGUUUAAAAAUGCAUGGCUUAUUGUAUGUAACCAUUCUCAAUUCUGUACAGUCAAUGUAGGUGAGGAUUGCCCUGUGUUCGAUGGUCUCUUUGAAUUUUGCCAGUUGUCUACUGGAGGUUCUGUAGGUAAGUACUAUGCUAACCAUUAGCACUAUGUUUCUGUUCAGGAGAAACAGUUUUACUUAUACUGGUUAUUCGUAAAGUGACCUUGUUCUCAAUUCCUGCUGGUGUCACCUUCCAGGAGCCAUAUUAGUCACGUUUGCACAAACAACGGCUGAUGUGAAGGCGGGUACUCCUUCCAUUGCCACAUUUUGCCCCAAAUCAUGGCUUCCGUGAGACAAAGUAAUGCAUACUUUCUCAUGUAUAUCUUGUGAUUGAGUUGAAACCCAUUUCAGUGUGCACUGUAUGAGCUUCUGUCUAUAUAUAAAAGCCCUGAAGUGACGAUGCUGGUUUUAGUUUUAAGCAAGGCGAAGUAGAGAACAACCAGGCUCUCCAGCCAUUGUGGAACUACAUUUCUCAUGAUGCUUUGGAAUCCGAAGUGGGAGACCGUUCCACAUAAACUGGAACAAACUACAUCCGUUUGCAUAUUCUACUAAUGACACAGAACAAGCAGAAUAUUAAAGCUCAACUUAAUUUUAUCCGUAUCGAUAGCAUUAGGAAAAAUGUUCAAUGUAUGUAUUAAAUUAAAAUAAAAUAAAAUCAAUGUGUAAUAUUAUGUAAUAACUUUGUUUGAAAUUAAAGCACAACAUUUUAUAUCUUCCACUGCUGCCAUUAGUCAAUAGCUAACAAAACUAUUUUAACCCAGGUAGUUUUUAGCGGCUGUUCCAUCAGCACUGCUCAGAUAUACUGGUCCAUUGAAUACAGCUCCGACUGAAGGCCUGUUCUUCAGAUAAUGUUGUACAAACAAUAAAACAUCUAUAGUUAGACCUCUGUCUGUUAUUGUCAGACUCCACUUACUGUACCUUUUUCUUUCUUUUUUAGUUUCUUUCUUCUUUCACCAUGUUUUCCUCGAAACCUACUCCAUAUUCAGCAUCUUUUAGUAGGAAAGGAAAGCUUUUUAAAUUUUUUUACCUUCGCGGUGUAGGCUAGGUUCAUAAUACAUUAUUAUUAAUAAUAAUGUAAGUUGUAACUUUCAUGAUAUUUCUACACCUUAUCCUAUCCUAAUCCAUCUGCCUCAGAUCCCCUUCUCACUCCUUAUCUCCUUACCAAAUCUUCUCUUUUGAUUCACUUUUCCUUGAUUUGUAAUCUUUCCACUCCCUUUCUUUUUCUGUUCUUUAUGCUCACUCCAUCUACCCUGCUUUGGGUUUGUUUUCUUUUCCUUUCCUCUGGCCAAACUGACACCUCUACUUUGAUUGAGAGAGAGAGAGAGAGAUAUAUAUAUAUAUAUAUAUAUAUAUAUAUAUAUAUAUAUAUAUAUAUAUAUAUAUAUAUAUAUAUAUAUAUAUAUAUAUAUAUAUAUAUAUAUAUAUAUAUAUAUAUAUAAAAUCUUUUUUAUAUACAAGGCACUGAUUAGUGUUAAUUUUAAGCACGCAUUUUUUUAAUUUCUUUACACUUUUUUUAUGUGUUUUAAAUGUAGCUGGUGCAGUCAAGUUGAAUCGCCAGCAAACAGAUAUGGCUGUUAACUGGGCAGGAGGAUUACAUCAUGCUAAGAAAUCAGAAGCCUCUGGAUUUUGUUAUGUGAACGAUAUUGUUCUUGCAAUCCUUGAACUAUUAAAGUAAGUAUAUAAAUGUGCAUUUUGUAAUAUUAUUGCCAAAAGUAGCUGGGGGUCUAGGUUAUGUAUGUAUGCACAAAUAAAGUGAUUGAGAACAUUCUGAGUGAUUAUGUCUUUUAGGUACCACCAAAGAGUGUUAUAUAUUGAUAUUGAUAUCCAUCAUGGUGAUGGCGUUGAAGAGGCAUUUUAUACCACUGAUCGUGUUAUGACUGUUUCAUUCCACAAAUAUGGGGAGUACUUCCCAGGCACUGGAGAUCUCCGGGUAAGGGACAUAUUUAUGGCUUAUUGCAACUUAUUUAAAUCCUAGAGUAUACAAUCUGAUUAAAAACUGGUUGGUAUUAUAUGUAAAUACAGCUUUUUAAUCUGUAGACUAUUUGUAUGUAUUGGUUAGGCUGGGCAACUCAGAUCCCACCAACUGGUGUCUACAUUUUAUCGUAUUUUUGAGGUUUUAGUCAUCCAGCUAUAGGUUGGUAUUGCUAAAUAGUGUUUUGAGUUUCUUCUUCACUGUCUGCUUGUUACAUCUUUUUCUGCAUUUGGUUACUUUAAUGGCAUUUCUCCACAUGGUGCUGUUUUAAUUUAAACCUAGCCCCAUAUUCUCAUGAUUAUUCCUACCAUAAAACUCCAGAGCAUGUAAAGUCUGCAAAAUCAUUUUUAUUUAUCUUGGUUGCUCUUAAUAUGUCAAGUCUUUUUAUGCUUUAUGUAGGUAAUAUACAUGUGAAGAAGGAAAAAAAAAAAAAGAUGAAUCUAUAAUGCAUCAUCUGCAGUGAGCUCUUACAAGUCUGAGGAUUAGAUGGACACUCUAGUAAUCAGAACUACAACUUAAUGUAGUUGUCCUGGUGUCUACAGCCUGCCCCUAAAGGCUUUCUAAUGUAAACACUGCUUUAAACACUAUAGUGACAGCAAUACACACUCCUUAAAUCAUCCGGUGGCAACUCCCGUAUUUUACUAUCGAAAUACUUAAGCUGUAGUUAGUCUGGUGACUUGUGUCCCUUUUAUGUGUUUGGAAUUGACCUUUUUUAUUUGGUUUGAAAUUCUUCUAUAGCAUAGGUGAACUCCCAGAGUGUUUUAUUAUCUAAUGACUGUUAAAAAUUAUGUCUUUUUUAAAUUUAUUUUUAAUUGCUCCUGUCAUGGGGGAAAAAGUCAUAACUUUUUAAAUUGGACACAUUUCCAUUUAAACGCUGUGCUACCAAAAGGUAUAGUUUACACUUUAUUUUCGGAUAUUUCUAAAAUUAUGCAAGUGAAACUGUAAACGUCUGCAUGACCUCCGAAUUUUUUUUUUAGGACAUAACAUCUAACUGCCUCUGACUGCAGAAUCAUGCAGCACCGCUCUAAAAGACCCGAUAAUGCCUCUCUACAUGCAUCUCUCACUCGUCGAUUUGUUUGUGUUUCUUGAAUCACAUCAGUCUUUGUUUUUCUGUGUAUUUCGGUUUACAUUUGUGUUUCACUCCCUUUCUUGCACGAUCUUAGUGUGUCUGUUUCUCUAAACCUCUCUCUCAAAAACAGUGUGAAAAAGUUCAGUGUGAUUAAUGAUUUUUCAGCUGUCUGUCAGAAUUCUAAAUGGCAGUUUAUCUCAGCUGGAAAAAAAUCUGCUCUGAUGUCAUUCCUGGUGGUCCAGUGUGGCUUGGCAGUAACUACCUCAUCAGGUUCUAGUGAGUGUGUAUAUUUUCUCCACUCCUCACUUUAAAUUCUGACAGCACGUCUCCUUUUUUUUUUCUUUUCCUUUUUUUCCUCUCUUCUCGUCCUUUAGCAUAUUAAACCAGUUUUAUUCAUGGGAUUUACGCACACAUAACUUGCUCAUAUGAUAUUGCUGCAUUUACUGAGCAAGUUGUACAUUUAAAUAACAUGCCCCUUCCCCCAGUGCACUAAAAUAUUAACAUGGGACAAUGUACAGCAAGGUUGUCAGUUCAUUUGAGAAUGCAAACCUAUGAGUUCCGUUUUUCAUUUUGCCAUAUGGUUUCUCCAUUGGAAAGAAAAUUGUAAGUCUUUCUGUUUAUUUUUCUUAAGGAUAUUGGUGCUGGAAAAGGCAAGUACUAUGCCGUCAAUUUUCCUAUGAGGGACGGUAUUGACGAUGAAUCGUAUGGACAGAUAUUUAAACCUGUGAGUAUAAAAGAUUGGUGCAAGUGAAUACUGUUUUUUGAUGUUUAUACCUGGUACGAAUACUAUUUGUGAAUGUUUCUCUAACCCUCAGAUCAUUUCUAAAGUGAUGGAAAUGUACCAACCCAGUGCAGUCGUAUUGCAGUGCGGUGCUGAUUCAUUAUCUGGGGACCGUCUUGGAUGUUUCAAUUUGACUGUCAAAGGUAUGAGUUCCCUUCUCCCUCCCUCAAUGCAAGGUUAUUUUUUUGUGUGGAAGAGUGAUUUUCUAGUGAAUUUUUAAAACAAAUUGCUAUAUUAUAUUAUUUAUCAUAAAGCUCUAACCUUUAAAGGAACGCUAUAGGGUCAGGAACACAAACCUGUAUUUCUGACCAUAUAGUGCAAAAGCUGCUAUUUAGGUGGCUUGCACCCACCUUAGCCUCCUGAAAGUUAAUAAAACUCACCUUAUUUCCAGCGCCACGUGGGCUCUGGCCCCGCCCCCUUGGUGACAUCUUUUAGCCAAUUCACAUGGGGAAAGCACUGGAUUAGCUAAAAUCGGCAAGGGGGCAGGGCCAAACGCUGUUUUGGCCAAUCAACACCUCCUUGUAGAGAUGCAUUGGGGGGACGGGGUGGAGGAGUUGAAUGCUAAAAGUUUAAAUAAUUAUUGUAUGUUUGAUUUAUUUAGUACCACUAGAGCACCUCCUCUCUACUGUAGCAUAAAUGUAUAUAUGGUACACUAACAGAACUGUAUUCACAGGUCAUGCAAAGUGUGUUGAAGUUGUAAAGACAUUUAAUUUACCUCUGCUGAUGCUUGGCGGAGGAGGCUACACUAUCCGUAAUGUUGCUCGCUGUUGGACAUAUGAAACUGCAGUAGCAUUAGACUGUGAAAUUCCAAAUGGUAAAUAUUAACAAUUUUUUUUUUGGUUUUUUUUGUUUCUUUUUCAUCUAACUGCAUUACAGCGCUCAAUGUAUACCAUAUCCAUAACAUUAAAAGAGCUGACUCACAGGUGUUCAAAGUAUAUGGUUAUGUAUAUUUAUUGGGUUUUGCUGUGAUCUCUCUUUACACUGGCUUUCGUGCUCAGAUCAGUGACUUGUAAUAAAAGUUGAGAAGUCUAGGCACCAUAACCACUACAUGCUGAUCUAAUGGUUAUGGCACCAUUGGGCUGUUGUCACACCAUUGGAUAAACCUUUUUUUUUUUUUUUUCUGAGGGAUUUUGAGUAUUGUGUACUGUGUUUAGAGAAAAUAAUUAAUAAAUCACUUAGAAUAAACAAAGAUUUCAAUAUAUUUAUUUAAAAUUACCUUUUGUGAAUAGUGGGCCUGCCUUUUGUAUCUACUGCAUUAGUGUCCUAUUCAUGUAAAGGGAUAUGGAAAUAAAUUAUACUUUUCUAGCCUCCAUGCUUUUCUCUUGGUAACAUCAGCAGUAGUGCAAAGUCUGCCAAACCUGUCCUGAAUUCUUUAAAGGGACAUUAUAGGCACCCAGACCACUUCAGCUCAUUGAAGUGCCCUGCCCUCUUAGUCCUGCAAUGUAAAUCUGUGCAGUUUUGGAGACACUGCAAUGAUUACAUUGCAGAAAUAAGACUGCCUUUAGUGGCUGUCAUCAAGACCGCCACUAGAGGCUCUUCCUGGUGGUUAAGCGACUUUUGGUCACAAAACUGACGAUGGACAUCCUUGUGCUCUGCAUUGUUUCCUAUGGGAAGAGCCUAAUGCACGGAAUUCCACCUCCCUUCAGAUGACGUCUGAGUAGACAGAGCGCCGACUUAGCGCUAAUGAAUCGGGUAAGUGUUAAAAAGGUUUUUUUUUUUUUGUUUGUUUUUUUUUUUAACCAUUUCAAGGCUGCCAGAGCCAAACACAGGGUCUGGCCUAUCAGGAGUCCCAGUGAAACUUCAGAUAUCUGCUAAUACAAAACGGUGGUGGAGGACAAUUCUCAAUUUAUGCAUUGCAGCACAUAGAGGAAGUGAUCUCUAAACACUUGCUCCCAGCACUUGUGAAUGGGAAUCCACACUGGAGUAGAGCUCCGGUGCUUGACCUGUACCUGGCCCGCCUGGUCCCCACUGCACCCAAGGAAAGCCACCAACAUUGCUAGAUAUACACAUAAAUGCAUAAUAAUUGCCCACACACAAUCCGUGCACACAACCCCACAUGCAGGCUCUCACAUACAAUACCCCACACACCACCAAACACACUGUGACCUUUUCAUCCACACACGCACUUGUACAAGCAGCCCCUAUACACAGCCCACAUUCAUAGGUAUCAUACGCGAUACUACAAACUACUCAUGAACAUAUACAAAAUAAUAGCUCAUAUAUGCAGAAAUACAACGAUACAAAACAACUGAAAUAUAAAUAACACAAGCGGAAUACGGAAACAUACACACCGCAAUUUAAAAAAAAAAAAAAAGACUGGCACUCUACGGGCCAUCACAAACUUAUUUCGGCAUAGUGCUGCUAAAAGGUUGCCUACUCCUUGUGUAAGGAAUACAACUAGAAACCCCUUAAUGUCUGUAUGUAUGUCCACUGCUCUUGGCCCAAAACGUUUGCAAUUCUAAAUGUCCUGAGUCGAUCCAUCAUUCUGUUUUGUUAAAUUUUUGUUGUUCAGGUUGAGUGGUAUAUGAACGUUAAGCUGCAGAAAAGUGACGUUUUUUCCAACUUUUUUUAGGUGCUGCAGUAUCCUAAGCCCUUUGUAACAUUGGACGGUGUGUGGGAUUGGUUGCUUUUCUGAAGAAACUAACAAGGUUAUUCACUAAAGUGAGAAAUUAAACAUGAGUUUCACAUUUAAGUAGCCAAAUUGGGAAAAAUUCCGUAAGGCAACUAUACUUUCAGUUUGUUUACUCUGGCUUUAAAUUUGAUAACACAGUUUGAAUUUUCAUUUUGGUGAAUAACCCCAUAAAACUGUGUAUAUAUGUCUGUAUUGUUAACGUUUCUUGUAUGUAUAUUUUUCAUCAGAGCUACCCUACAAUGAUUACUUUGAAUAUUUUGGACCAGACUUUAAACUGCAUAUAAGUCCUUCCAAUAUGACAAACCAAAAUACACCGGAGUAUAUGGAGAAAAUAAAGUAAGUAAAAAAAAAAAAACUUUGCUACCUUUAAUUCCUUCCAUUGAUAAUGAAAAUGAAUGCAUUGUAUGUGCAGACGUAUGCUCUGCCUUAUUUAGUGUAGAUUUUACUUUCUAUUAUUGUUUUAUAACUGUUUGAUGUCAGAAAAUUUAAAUGUAUGCUUGACAUGGAAAAAUAAUUUUAAUUUCUAAAACAAAUUCUUAUUGGGUAAACCUCAUGUAAGGAAAAAUUUUAAAGUAUCUGUUGAAAAAUGAAAUAUUUACAUAUGUGUAACCUCAAGUAGUGGUUGUAGUGAGGUGUGCGCACAUUUUCUUUUACUUUUUAUUUUUAUCACUUGCUUUUAGCUGAUCUGUGGAAGCUCAGGUGCUAGAGGUACAGCCACAAAAUAUGCAAAGGCUCCCAAAGAUGACAGACACUUUAAUUUAAAAUGUGUGUAUGAUUUAAAAUGUUAAUUCUGUAUGAUGGGUAUACAAACUAUUCUGGGGUUGCAGGGUAAGGUAGCUUUUACAUACCUGAUGCUGUCCAUCCUGAGAUCCUCUUCAGCUCCUGGUGCUUUAUCUGCAGGAGCCCACAUCAAUACUGAACUCUUGCUCAUGUACACUGAUGCAAAAGCCUCUUUAGAAAAUGCCCUUUUCCUCACACCCAUAACUAGUGAUGGCCGGGUGAAUUGACAAAACUUGUCUAGACCCACGUUUUGUAAGGAAAAUACAUAAGACCAAAUCCGUACAUAUAUUUUGACUGCAUUGGAAUUUCAGUAAAAUUCCAAAAUAUCCAAUGUAUUUUCAUAAUUUUUUAAUUUAAUUUAAUUUAUUUUUUGGGGAGGUGUGUGACAAGUCCACUUUAAAGUAGUAUCGCUUUAAAAUUUGCCAAAGUCAAACUCCUUGCUUCACUGCACACCAAGGACACCACUUCCUUACAGUAAGCAACUAGGAGGAGACCUUUAUUUUUAAUGGGUGUGUUUGACACAAAAGGCUGAAAUUGCAGAUGCAGUGUUAACAUUUUUUUUUUUUUUAAAUGUAUUUCUAUGGUAUUUAUUUUUGUAUGAGAAAGCUCUAUAAAAAAAGUAAGUUUGAUCAUAAUUCCACAACUUGAGGUUAAUGUUGUUUUUGUUUGUUCCUCUUUAGGCAGCGUUUAUUUGAGAACUUACGCAUGCUGCCACAUGCACCUGGUGUACAGAUGCAAGCUAUUCCAGAAGAUGCCAUUCAGGAGGACAGUGGUGAUGAAGAAGGAGAGGACCCAGAUAAACGCAUUUCUAGUAAUGAAUCUGUCGAAACAAUGUUUUAAACCAAACCACAGUAGAGCUGUAAAUUAGCUGAUCGGGCUGUGAACUUGAUUUUGAAGUUUUGUGAAAUAUGCAAUGUAAGGUAUUGCAUGUGUUGUACAAUAAAACUGCUUUCCAUGACUGUAUGAAAUUGUAAAACACACAACACAAAGGGGCAGACUUAUCAAAUCAAAGCAGUGGCUUUUGAUAGGAUAUUCUAUUCAUUCCCAUCAUUGGACCUUUUCCCCACAAUAGCACCUCUUAGCUUUUGAUAAAUCACCCUCAGAUUUAUCUGGGGGAGAUUUACAAAACCAAAGCUAUUUCUGAUGUGCUAAUUUGGAUUCAUUUAUAUUUAUAUUCAACCAAUCACAAAAACAGUGCAUUGUGUAAAAGGCAUUUGUUGCAAAUAAGUCAUGGAGCUCUACAAUGUAAAGUGUAGAUUGCUUAAAAACCUGUUGCUCUGUUCUGUAAACAUACCCUCUAAUGCAGUUGAUGUUUAUUAAAGAUGCCUGUGGAAAAAAAAAAAUAGAAAAUGAAAAGCCUUAUAAUAUUGAUCUUACCUGAGUGAGAAGAACCAUAUUUCACAUCAGGGGUGCCCAAAAGAUCUCCAGUUCUCCAGAUGUUGUAGAACUACAACUCUUAAAAUGUGUUGUCAUUCUAAAAUCAUUCCAAAGGUAUGCAAAACAUCUGGGGAUACAACAGGGCACCCCUGUUUUACAUAUUGCUUUGGCUUUCAUUUCUCUAACUUUGUCAGGCCUAUGAAUGAGUUGUAAACAUUUGGACUAUGGUUAAACAUUCAUCCUUAUUUAUUUUUGCUAGUUCGUGCAUCUGAUAAGCGCAUCGCCUGUGACGAGGAGUUUUCGGAUUCUGAAGACGAAGGUGAAGGAGGAAGGCAUAAUGUAGCUGAUCAUAAAAAGAGCACAAAAAAAGCGAGACUUGAAGAAGACAAAAAGGAUAAUGAUGACAAAAAGUCAGGUUAGUGGUAUAAAGUGCAUAGUUAGCUAGAAAUAAAUUAUAACCGUUUUUUCAUGUAGUAAAAGGCUGUUUAAGUGAAACUAUGCUGAGAGUGUUGGGAUAACCUUCUGCCAAAGCUGUCAGCCAAUCACAGUGUAACAUAUUCAUCCUCACCUUGCAACACCAAUAAGGAUUGCCUUGCCAACAAGUGCGGUAGUGCCAUUCAGCGGCCAUGCUUUAAUAUGUCUGACCCUGCAGCAUGUUAAUGGACACCGGCCGCUGCAGAUCUACACCAAUUAGUAACCCCACGGCAUGGUCGACGUGUGCGUAACGUCACGCAAAAGACACACGCACGUUCUGGGGUCAAAGGCCAGCUACGGCCAAUCGGAUCCAAAAGAGGGGUAUUUAAGCUCAUCCCUUCAGCUCUUUGCCCUGUCGUGGUUUUCCUUAGUGAUUGACAGAGUGCGUUCAUGAUAGUUUAUUUCUGGUUAUUGACUUUGGCUUCGUUUGAUUUUCCCUGUAUUCUGGUAUCCUUGACAUCUGGCUUUCCCUCAUCGUCGUGUCUCUUUCUGUGUCCCUGACCUCGGCAAGUAUUCUGACUAUUCUCUGGUACUAAGGCCAGGUAAGACGUUACCUAUUAGUCCUAAGUGUGACACAGUUCUACGUGCUGGAUCAACUAGUAAUCCUGACCCACAGCCAGGCUGAAAGAUGAAAACUGACUUGAAGUGUAAAUUUGAAUUAUCAAGUUGGGUCUCUGGAUGCCAAACAGAUCCUUUUUUGGAGGCUCUAGGCACUUUAAGCUAAAUAAAUAACUCUUUUGUAAAACAUUUUGGAUGGAUCUUCACUAAGAAAUGAGCUACAUCAGAAAUCAUCUGAAUUUAGAUGGGCGGUAGAUUUUGCCUGUUAUAGAAGACAAGUUCAGUUUUAACAGUGAAUUCAAAGCUGAAUUUCUUCUAAGCAUAUGCAGUUCCUCUAAAUGUUCUAAUUUGAGGCAGUAAUGCAAUGGCUAAAGAGAUUGCAACCUAAUUCAAAGCUAAUUAAUAGAUAUACAAGCGAAGUGUGUUUAUGCGUACAAGCAUUUUGUUUAUUGCUUUUGCAUUAGAUUGUAAGUAAUAAAUACAAUUUAUUUACUUCAUAAUGAUGGUUUAAUAAGAUGUGGAAGAAACAAACCAUUUACUUUUGAUUUUGUCACCAGAUGUCAAAGAAGAAGAUAAGUCAAAGGACAAUGUUAUGGAGAAAAUGGACACUAAAGGGUAAUAACUAUAUAUUUACUUCUAUAUUUUAUUAUUUUUUUUCUCAACUGUUUUGUCACUGUAUUUCAGAUACGGAGAUGGCGCCUGGGUGGGGGGUGCAAUGUCAGAAAAGAAAAUUUGGCCUGGAAAUAUAAAUUUAUUUAUUUUUCUGCCUGGGGGCAAUUUUGUAUUGUCUGGUCAUUGUGGUAUUGUUGAAGGAAUACUGGAUGCCUGUCCUUUUAAUGUAUUAUAAAUUUAAUGCUAUGCAGGUUAAGCUGAAAUAAAUAUGAAAAGUAUUCCUCUUUGUAAAAUUCCUGUAUUUGGUCCAAAUUCCUAUGAUUUUUAUAUUCUACAAAUAAUUAUCCCCAGUUCUGGAAGUGCUGAGCAUAUCCCAUAAAGGUCUGCAUGGUAAAGCCUUUAUGGUGAUUGUAGUUCUGCUGUCAGCUUUGUACUGAAAACUGUACAACCCAUAAUUGGCGUAAUUCAUUUUUUGUAGUUUUUUUUUUUUUUUAAUUUUUAUAUUUGUAAUGUAAUUAGAUUUUUAUUUAUUUUUCUUGUCUUUAUAAAUAACUCUAAUUUCUAUUUAACCCUAAAUAGUGUCAAGUCGGAGCAGCCAAGUAAUCCUUGAGUUAUUGGUUAGCAGGAAGCGUUGAUGAAAGGACUCUGCGAUUCAAGACGAAAGUAGUUUUCCACCCCCACUUCCCCCUUUAAAGAAAAAGACUGCUGAUUUUACCCCCUAGCACUUGGCAUGGACCGUAUUUAUUGUAAAACGGUAUUGUUUUCCUGGCAGGUCGUAUUGAGUUUUCUAAUAAUUGAGCAAAAUUUCUUAUCUUUGCCAUGCUUUAUGUAUUAGUAUUUAAGAUGGAUGUGAGUUACUAUGUUUCAUGUCUUUAACUGAUCAAUUAAAUGCCUUUUGCCAUUAUU